UGCGCCUCAGUCCCCAGCCGGCCCUGGAGGUGACAGGAGGCAGCGGCCAGCCACCAACUCCGAAGCUCCCUCGCUCGCUGGUAGGCCCUCCGGCUCCCAGGCCCAGGGGGGCCACCAUGGCCUACCGCUCCUGCGUCGUUGGCUUCAGCAGCCUCAGCGGCUGUGAGGUGACCCGUGCAGGCAGUCCCCAGCCUGGGACCUCAGGAUGGGGCAGCUGUGGGCUCCCUGGGCCUGGCUUCAGCUCUCGAAGCCUCACAAGCUGCAGGCCAGCGGGCGGCAUCCCCAAGGUGACUGUGAACCCCAGCCUGCUGGUACCUCUGGACCUCAAGGUGGACCCAGCUGUCCAACAGCAGAAGAACCAAGAGAAGGAGGAGAUGAAGGUCCUCAAUGACAAAUUUGCCUCCCUCAUCGGCAAGGUACAAGCUCUGGAGCAGCGCAACCAGCUGCUGGAAACCCGCUGGAGCUUCCUGCAGGGCCAGGGGUCGGCUACCUUCGACCUCAGCCACCACUACGAGGCCUUCCAGGGCCAGCUGCAGGAGGAGCUGCGCAAAGUGGGCCAGGAGCGGGGACAGCUGGAGGCCAGCCUGUCGCAGGUGCUGGAGAAAGUGGAGGAGUUUCGCAUCAGGUAUGAGGACGAGAUCUCCAAGCGCACAGACCUAGAGUUCACCUUUGUCCAGCUGAAGAAGGACCUGGAUGCUGAGUGUCUCCGACGAACUGAACUGGAAACCAAGCUAAAAGGCCUGCAGAGCUUCAUGGAGCUAAUGAGAACGGUCUAUGAGCAGGAGCUGAAAGACCUUACAGCCCAAGUGAGGGAUGUGUCGGUGAGCGUGGACCUGGACAACCGCUGCCGCAUCGACCUGAGCGGCAUCGUGGAGGAGGUGAAGGCCCAGUACGACGCCAUCGCCGCCCGGAGCCUAGAGGAGGCGGAAGCCUACACACGGAGCCAGCUUGAGGAGCGAGCCGCCCGCUCGGCGGAGUUCGGGAACAGCCUCCAAAGCAGCCGCUGCGAGAUCGCCGACCUCAAUGUGCACAUCCAGAAGCUUCGUUCUCAGAUCCUCUCCGUCAAGAGCCACUGCCUGAAACUGGAGGAGAACAUCAAGGUGGCGGAGGAGCAAGGCGAGCUGGCCUUCCAGGACGCCAAGGACAAGCUGGCCCAGCUGGAGGCCGCCCUGCAGAAAGCCAAGCAGGACAUGGCGCGGCAGCUGCGCGAGUACCAGGAGCUCAUGAACGUCAAGCUGGCGCUGGACAUCGAGAUCGCCACCUACCACAAGCUGGUGGAAGGGGAAGAGAGCCGGAUGGACCUACCUUCAGCCACCGUGGUCAGCGCCGUGCAAUCCCGAAGCAGAACCACUGCCUCCAAGUCUGGCCUCUCUAAGACCCCCUCCCGGAAGAAGAAGACCCGCAGAGGUCCUGUGAUCAAAAUCACCGAAAUGUCAGAGAAGUACCUCUCCCAGGAGUCAGAGGCCUCAGAGUAAGGCCCCAGAGCCUCAGGCCACUGCCGCGCAGCCAGAGGGACUUAAGCUAAACUCGAGAACGCGGCCUGGAGCCUCUAGGUUGGGAGGGGAGACAAUGAACAGAGAGAGAUGGGCUCCAGCUGAGACUGUUUCUCCGGAUGGUCAGCAACAGCAGGGGCAUGGCCAGCUCUGUUCUGCAUCUGUGUCUCACUCGCCACUCCCAGCCUCCUGGCCGCAGGCUGUCCUGGUGUGUAAGGGGAACCUGGGGUCCGUCGCCUCCUCGCUCGCCCCUCUGAAGCUGCCCUUCCCACAGCCCUGACAAGGUACUUGACUUCUGCCCAUCGCUUGCCCUGACUUCUGCCUCGGCCUCGCCUCUACCUCAGAGCCGAGACUGGCAUCUUGUCUAGCCGUAGUCUGAGCUGAGGACACACGUGGGUUCUGUCCCACACCCGGAGCUCCUGGGGACUGGGGCACCCUGGGUUCCCUGCCCUGAGGCUUCCCAGACACCUGACAGUAUUGGGGACAAGAGAGGAAAGGCCUGAUGUGACAGAGCCUGAGCCUCGGAGUGGCCCAGAGGCCUGCACACACCCUCACUAGGGACUAAGGUAUCAGUCAUAACUGCGCUCCAGGGGUAUUCUGGCCAUGGCCAACACCCCGGAGGAGAGCCCAGAGACGGCAGCCUGACUCCAGGCCUUGCCUCCACCUCCCUGCCAUUCUGGGCUGUGCCACCAUCCUGCAGUCUGAGCUCUGCCUCCAGCCCAGGUCUCUCCAGCCUCGUCCCUUGAUUUUGGUGCAGCGGGCCUAGAGCCCCAGAGCCUACCCUACCAGACACACCCAUUUCCCCAAAUCCCACUUCCUAGGACCUCUGUCUGUUCUACCCCAGGGCCAAGGAUCUAGGACAUCCCACACAGUGGGCCAAAUCUUCCCAGUCCUCCCCCCUCCAGUUCCUCCCUUCCUCUGAGCUUACUCCCCUGCCUCUGGUGGGCCAUGAAGAAGGCUAAGCAUGGAAAGAUCCAGAAGCUUCUUAACCCUUAAGUAGGUCCAGGAAGCCCCAAUGGGGGCUUCACAGGAUCCAACCCGAGAGCCAUCCUGCAUCCACCAAGGGGAUCUGACUUAGCCAGAGAGUCCUGUACUCUUCCCUGGCUCUCACCUCUGGGGUCUGCAGGGGCACAGUGGUGCCAGCCUCCCCAUCCCACCAGCCUCCUUCUCCCCUCCCUUUCCUCCCCUGACAUCCAUGUCCUGGCUCCUGCCUCACCUCCUCUCCUAGCCUGUCUCUCAUCCCUUCAUCUCAGCCUCCAGGACAAGGUGUCCAGCAAGGCCCCUGGCCCUCCAAGCCUGCAGGGAGUCUCCUGGGCCAGAGGGACCCACAAUAUACUCAAAGCAGGUGCUCUUUGCUGCUUUCUCUCAGGCUAUUUAUCCGUUUCCAAGGGAGCAAAUCCUCAGUGGGGACAUGAAAUAUAGGAAGUAUAUAUUAUUUUUUCAUAACUUAUGUGGCUUUUAACUUAUUGCUCCCCUUCCUGUUUCUGCAUGACCAGUGCUGUGCAUACUAUCAGGAUUUUAGAGAACUCAUUCCAGCCACCUGGCUGACUUGGGCAAGGUGAAUAAAGUAUUGAGAUUCAUCAUA